CAUAAACUACUAGCCCAAGAAACUAGAAACCCAAACCCAAAACUUGCAAAAAAAAAAGUUAGCAACCCGUUUUUUAUAAACCUGUCGUUUAUUUCUUAUUAGAAGUUAGGGUUCUCCACUUUAGCGCCGUCUCUGUAUCCUUCCUUUUCAGGUAUUUACAUAGUUGUGUGAUCACCUAAAAACUCAGCAAAGAUGCAGAACGAUGAGGGAGAGAUUAUAGAUCUUUACGUUCCAAGGAAAUGCUCGGCUACUAACAGGCUGAUUACUGCUAAGGACCAUGCAUCGGUUCAAAUCAACAUUGGUCACUUGGAUGAUAGGGGUGUCUACACCGGCACUGCCACUACCUUUGCUCUUUCAGGCUUCAUUCGUGCUCAGGGUGAUGCCGACAGUGCUCUAGAUCGCCUCUGGCAGAAGAAAAAGGCCCAAAUUGGUCAGUAAGGAGUUCAAAGAUAGUGUUAUAUUUAAGAUCAUCAACCAGGAUGUGGAAGAUGAUUUUCUAAGUUAAGAAGACAAGUCAUUUUUGUGUUGAUUUUGAUAACGGCUUAGCCUCUCUUUUUCUUCUGAAGUUGAGAUUUUCGUAUUUUUUGGGUUGAGCUUAAUUGUGGUCUGGUGGUUGAACAAUAUGAUGGAAUAUCAUCAUUUAUUCCUGAUUAUGUUGAAAUGUCAUCGAUUUAUUAAAUUGAAACUGAAAAUUCCAUUUAUCAUGAA